AUGCCUCUCAUCAAGCCAAAAAAUAUAUUGUUCUCUUCUCGAAUAUCCAAUCAAAGAAUAUGCAUGUAUCUUGCCAACAAAAGUGUAGUUAAUACAUUCAUGACCAAUUACGGACAAAUCAAAAUUAAUGGCCAAACAGUAACAGCUCGUAGACUUAUCACCCCUGCCGAACGUUUGGUUCUUUCCAAUGGUUGUCCAACAAUUCCCCAUGAUUUGAUACUCCAGAAACUACAGAAUAUUGGUCUCAGCUUUGUAUUACCUAUGGUUUUCCUAAAAAUUAAUUUAACGUCGCCGGAAUUUAGUCAUAUUCUCAGUUUUAGAAGACAGAUUUAUGUUAACCCAUCGAAUUUUAAUGUCCCAGAAUCUAUAAAAAUUAACCACGAGGAUACGUCGUAUAGAAUAUUUCUAUCUUUAGAUAACCUGACUUGCUUUAAAUGUAAAAAAGUAGGACAAAAGGCAUCCAACUGCAGCGAACAAACGUUUAGUAAUACUCCUACCUCUUCUCAACCACUCGCUAAUCAAAACCCUAUCUUGAAUCAAAUAGCUCCUCAAGAAGACAACGACCAGAUCACUUUAUAUUAG